CUGCUCUACUCGCAUCCAGGACGGCAGGAAGUGCUACAUUUUCGGCACUCACCCCCCACAUCAGCUGACGUAGAGACGCUUUCCCCCUUCGCCACCCCGCUACGGUGAUUAGCCCUUUGCGGCUCUCGACAGCGUCUCUCGUCCAUGGCCGUGCUAUAAAGCUUGACCUUGAUUUUGGACAGUCCCUGUAUCUCAAUUCGGACGAACGUACCAUGAGCUCCUUGCCACUGGAAGCUGACAUCAUCAUAGCUGGAGGUGGCACGACUGGCUGCGUCAUUGCAGGUCGUCUCGCUGCAGCGGACCCGUCUCUUCGCAUACUCAUCAUCGAGGCUGGCCCGCCCACCCUCGAGGAUCUCGCACAUAUACAGCCCGCUCGCUACCAGACUCACCUCCUACCCGGAAGCACGACCGUCAAAUGUCAUGUGGGGAGGGAAAGUGCUGACCUCGGCGGUCGUGCACCCAUCGUGCCCUGCGGACAGUGUCUCGGGGGUGGAUCAAGUGUGAACUUCACUAUGUAUACACGCCCAUCACCGUCCGAUUUUGAUGACUGGGAGACGGUAUACGGGAACCAGGGCUGGGGCUCACGGGACCUCAUCCCGCUCCUGCAGAAGAUGGAGACCUACCAAGUGACACCGGACAAUCCGACACACGGCUACGAUGGUCCCUUGAAGAUUUCGCACGGCGGUGUCUUCACCAACGUAGGCAAGGAAUUUCUCGAAGUUGCUGCACAAUAUGACAAGAGCCGGGGAACCACGGACGACCCCAAUGACAUGAUCGGGGUCAACGUGUACGGUCGAUGGCAGAAGUACAUCGACAAGGAGAGUGGUCGCCGCUCUGACGUGCCGCACAACUACAUCUACAACCGUCAGCUCGACAAUCUCAAGAUCUUGACUGGCUACCAUGUGAAGCGGGUGCUGUUCGAGGCUGGACGGGCUACCGGCGUGGAGUUCCUGCCAAAUGCGCGCUUCCAUCCGAAUGAACAACAAACGCUGCGAAUCGCCAGGGCUCGCAAGUUGAUCAUUGUGUCAUCGGGCACCUUUGGCUCUCCUGCCAUACUCGAGCGCUCCGGCGUAGGCGAUCGCAAGCGGUUGCAAUCGCUAGGAAUUGACGUCGUUGUCGAUCUCCCCGGCGUGGGCGAGAACUACCAAGACCACAAUGUGAUAUUUACACCGUACCGCCUGGAUGAUGAUGCAGACACGUUGGACGGACUCGUCCGCAAUGACAAGGAGGAGAUCGAAAGGUUGACAGCUCAAUGGCUCAAAGACGGCUCCGGCCUCUUAGCUCAUAACGGUAUCGACGCUGGUAUCAAAUUACGGCCUUCCGCCGAGGAACUUGAGGUCAUCGGACCCGACUUCACCGAGCAAUGGGAGCGAAUGUUCGCCAAUGCCCCAGACAAGCCUGUAAUGUGGGUAGGCCCCAUCGGCGUGUUCGUCGGAGAUUCAUCUGUCGUCCCUGUAGGGAAAUACUUCUGUACAUGCUACUUCUUGGACUACCCAGAGGCCGUUGGAUAUGCGCACAUUUCAUCUGUCGAAGACGUGAAUGCGCCGCUGGUUUUCGAUCCAAAGUUCCUGAGCAAACCCUCAGAUAUCGCGCUGAUGCGAUGGGGCUACAAGUUUGGACGAGAACUCACUCGCAGGAUGUUAUCCUACCGGGGCGAGUAUGUCCCAUCUCACCCUGCAUUCCCGAAGGGCAGUCAAGCAGCCUGCAACGGAGAUACCAAGCCUGUAGCUGUGGGGCAAGUGAACAUUCAGUACACAGAUGCAGACGAUGCAGCGAUUGACGAAUAUACGCGGAAAUAUGCGGCAACGACAUGGCAUAGUCUGGGAACGUGCGCAAUGAAGCCGCGUGAUCAACAGGGAGUCGUAGAUGCCUCACUGACCGUGUACGGUGUCUCGGGGCUCAAAGUCGCCGAUAUGUCUAUCGCACCCUCAAAUGUUGGAUCCAACACGUACUCUUCUGCUGUGGUCAUAGGAGAGAAAGCAGCGAUGGACAUCCUCGAGGAGCUCAGCAUGAAUCGCUGAAGCCUACGUCACACAUCAUUGUCACCAUCUUUUUCUAAUAGCCUCGAUUUCAUGACGUUUCAUGCCAUGUCCACUUUUGAUUCGCAGGAAUGCAGAGUUAUGACAGGAACGCACUGCGAGCGACGGCAAUUGUCGGACAGCGACUCGGAGACAUAUGCCAGUCCUACUACGUAUGCCACUCUGCGUAGUAUAACAAUGAGGGGCGAGCAGAGUUACUAUUAGAUAACGUUGUCUCCUUGAACUCUCACGCUGGCAAAGGAGGAGGAGGAGGAGGAGGAGAUGGGUCCAUUUAGCCGCAGUGUAAAGGAGUUUCGAUUGAUCCUGAUCAUGCGAUGUACAUAGUGCGCUUGGGCAUAUUUCUUUCUUGACAUUGCAGUGCGUAAGCGCUUAAGC